AGUAAGUGCAAUAAAUCAACAAAUCACACCAAAACUGUGAUUGCCAUUGUCGGCUACCCUUCCAUCUUGCUCUCAAUCUUUUCAUUAUUAACAAAAACAAGAAUUUUUCACGCUCACAUCAAGAUUGUGUGGCAGCCGAACCCUUCAUGAAAUUAUAUCCUAAUAGUUAAAAAAAUAAAUAAUUAAAUAAAUCAAAACUAAAAUUGUGAGCAAAUAGUAUGCUCUCUUUCUUCUUGAAUAGGAGUUUCUUUCCUUACGCGUAAUUCGUAAUAUUUCCAGGUUUCGUCUCACUUUCACUGUCUUCGUAUUCAUCUUUUUAGCCGUAGAUUUCAUUUCUUAAUUGUAUGAUCUUUAGAUAAAUUCGAUUUGUCAUGCCUAAUUGCUUAUAUACCAAGAACACUACAUUGUCCAUUUUCGAGUUCUUCAUUAACAUUUCUCUUUUGUUAAUUUUGGCCAACUGAGUAGAUAUAUAUAAUAAUGGAGAACAAGACAGAUACACUUGCAGUAAGAUUAUUCGGUAGUUCAAUUAGCUACAUGCGAAAAUCUCUAUUCCGUAUCCUCUCAGUGGGUCCCAUCCCAAACCACAUAGCCUUCAUAUUAGAUGGAAAUCGAAGAUACGCCAAAAAACGGAACCUGAAUGAAGGAAUGGGCUAUAGAGCCGGUUUCUUAUCUCUAAUGACUCUGUGUAAGUACUGCUGUGAGCUCGGGGUGAAAUACGUAACAAUAUACGCUUUCAGCAUCGACAAUUUCAAAAGAAAACCCCAUGAAGUCGAUGCUGUGAUGGAUUUAAUGCUCGAGAAAAUCCAAGGGAUGCUCAAGGAAGAGAGUAUAGUGAGCCAAUACGGAGUGAGGGUAUAUUUCAUCGGAAAUUUGGAGCUAUUAAACGAGCAUGUAAGACAAGCUGCUGUAAAGGCUAUGGAAGCUACUUCGAACAACGACAAGAUUGUGCUGCUAAUAUGCGUGGCCUACACUUCGACCGAUGAGAUUGUGCAUGCUGCUCGAGAAUCUUGCGAAGCUAAGCGGGCUCGGGUUCGAUCUAGUGGGGCCCGCGAAGGGAACGAAGAGGAAUUAAAGGUGGUGGAUAUAGAGAGGCACAUGUAUAUGGGAGUGGCACCUGAUCCAGAUAUUUUGGUGAGAACUUCGGGGGAGACUCGAUUGAGUAAUUUCUUGCUUUGGCAGACUUCGAACUGUGUUUUGUAUUCACCGAGGGCUUUGUGGCCGGAGAUUGGGUUAAGGCACUUGGUGUGGGCGGUGCUCAACUACCAGAGAGUGUUUCCUUUGCUGGAGAGGAGAAGGAAGCAGAUGUGAUGAUUUUAGUCUUUCCAUACGAAAUUUUUCAAUGUUACAAUUUUAAUAAUAAUUCACCUGACUGUAAAAGUGGUCAAUGACUUAUUCCAACAUCACAUUAUAUUUGUGUUCUUGUUCCAAAUGCUGCAAAUCCAGUGCCUUUGGCUCCAA